CUUAUGCCCAUUUUCACCAGCGGAUCCUAAACAAACACUUUACUAAGGAUUUCUUAGCAUUAAGGACAUCUUAAACCAUUCCCUUUCUUAAAUCCUGUUUCACAACCCCAGGGGGUACCUAAUUAAGAGUCUCCUAGUUAAGUGACAAAUAGUGCGAAGCCAACACGGAAGUGAUUGUCGAUAACAUAUUUACAAUUAAUAUUUUCGAAAAAUACGACAGUAAUAAAAUAAAUUACUUAUGAUAUUGUAUAGAACAUGAAUUAACAGUACGUUUUGAAUCUUAAAUUAGCAAAAAUAAAUUAAAAUAAAGUUUAACUAGUAUGUACUGACGAUCGCUUGUGCCUAAAAAAGUUAAUGUAGUUUGAUUGACAUUUGGUUUGACAGAAGUCGUGCCGCGCAUCGUCGUCGCUCGUCGAUUCGUUUAAACGUAGAUUGUAUUGUUUGGUUCGUUGGCUUUGUUUAUCAAUAGAAUAGUUUCUUUUUAUAAAAUCAACACGUGCGUAGCGUGGUGAUUUUGUUCAUCAUUACGGACUACAACCGACUGCAAGUUACACCAAUUUGUAAUACCAGUGUUAAAUCGACGAUGACUGAAAAAAGGAAACGCGGCCAAAACUUUUCUCUCGAAGAGAAGGAUAAACUUGUAAAAUUGUUACUUCUCCACAAAGAUACAAUCUUAAAUAAAAAAACCGAUGGAGCUACAAAUGAAGCAAAGUGUGAAGCUUGGACAGCGGUUACAAAUUCAUUCAACUCGUCGUCUAAUAUAUACAGGAGUAAAGAAUCACUCAUGAAAGUAUGGGACAAAUUGAAGAGUGAGAGUAAAUUGUAUUUUGGUCAAUUGAAAAGAAAUACAACACAAACUGGAGGAGGGCCAUCCAUCAUAAAAUUUGACCCCGUGCUGGAACAAGUGUGUUCCAUUCUUGGUCGUGGCUGCACUGGCAUCAUUGGUGUAUCUGAUUGUGAUGCUGACACUGGUCCUGAAGUAUUUGAGACACCAAAGGUCAUAUGCAUUCAAGAUGACAGUAAUAUAUGGAAGACAAUUGAGGACGUGGAUUUAGAAAUAAAAAUGGACAACUGUCAGAAUUCCACUGAUACUCCAAAAGAAAUUUUGACUGAAGAAAGUGAAGUAAGUUGAAAAUUCUAAUUGUUGAUGUAGAUUUUUCUAUAUCAUCAUCAUUCCAUAUAAAAUUAUAAUAAUAUAUUCACACUAGCAUUUGCCUACAAAUUGGUGUGGAUGUAUAAUACUAGCUGUAGCACACAGCCCCAAAUAUACUUUAAAAAGUAGGCUAUACUACUCCUGAAGGUUUAUUCUUUAUAUGUGCCAAAUAUCAUCAUAAUCGGUCACA